AUGUCGGCUAAAAAAACUUCGAAAGCCCCUGCCCCGGCUGCUCCAGCUACUCCUGAUGCAGCUACUCCCGGUGCAGCUACUCCUGAUGCGACUGCCCCUGUGACUGCUCCUACGCCGGCUGCACCUGCUCCGAAAGGAAAAAAGCAGGCAAACGCCAAGGCUGGAGAAAUCGGAUGGGAAAAUGCGCCCGAAAUCCAAAAAGAUCCAGCAGCACUCGCUGCAAGAAGAGGACCUAUCGAUGUCGUAUUUAACGAGAUAGAAAGAUGGAAUCUAUUACCCGUCCUUGGUUCUGGGAUCCAUCCAAUUUCAACCAGUGCCGCUGGUUUUCUUUGUGGCCUUCAUGCUCUAGUAUACAGUUACAAUGCAGCGCGAGACCUUGCUGCUCCCGAAGGCACACCAGUGCCUUUGGCAGACAGUGUGACCGCGCAGGAGUUGAUAGCGUUCAGACGGUCACCAGAGUUUUGGCAAGAAGCGCUGGAGUAUUUAACUGCUGGGGGCCAACUCACUUUUGAUGACGAAUUCGGGAUGCCGAAUAGUAAAGAGCAAAUGUUAGUACAAGUAAAGCAGUUUAUACCAGACAUAAGCGACAACUAUACAAUUGCGGAUCUCCAUUGUCUUCUUGGAUUCUUGAAUAAGAAAUACGGAACGCACUAUUCUAUAGGGGAUGUUACCCACGGCUUCAAUGUUAGGUGGGACGUACAAAACAAAGUGUGGGAUUUGGCAUACAAGGUUCCGACACAGUCCAUGGAUGGUGGAAGGGGAAUUCGGCCAGUGUUGUGGCUUUACAACGACAAUUAUGAAAGAGAAGAUGAGUCGCUCCAUCGAAGAGCGCCAGGUAGAAAAGAAGGCAUGGGCCAUUGGAUGGGGUUCUCAAGUUCGUAACUGUUUCAAAUUUCCACGCUUCUUCUGCACUCAAUUCCGUUUCCCGAUUUGAAACCUCAAUAUUUUUUUUCAUACGCAAACACAAAGUUUUACUUUCUAGUCAUUGCCUGUUUUCCUUAAUAAUUUCUGACAAGUAAUUGCUAACUCCUUUGCUCUAUAACAGCUUUGCACAGGGACAUAGAUCGACAUUUAAUUGCUGAAGCAAAUUCGUGGUUCGAUGACGCCACCGUGGACGCCUAUUUGAAAGAAGGGGUUUGGAUAGUAACGGAGGACAGCCAAGGAUACCAAGCCGACCUUGAAGAUCAUCAAGAUCCCAGGGAGCUUGAGAUAUCUAAGGGCUGCUUUGUUAGAGAACCUGCGGUAGCUCAGGCAGAUCCUGCUCCGCAAGGUUACAAGUGGGUCCAAGCCGGCCCAUAUGUGAACGGCGCUUCUAACCCAGGAAUGAUUGGAAUUAUUCCACUCAGAAAGUUAAAAAAGAUUGAGAGGAAUGUUCUCAGACAUGCUCAUGAUAUCGCGGGCGCAAAUGCUGUCAAUAUUCUCAAAAAUAAUGCUGUUAAGAAAGAUGGCAGAGGCCUAUGGCUAGAUUUCUAUAUUCAUCGUAGUAUCGAAGCAACGUCUAAGACUGGUAGGAAAUAUGCAGACCCAAAAGACCCGGCAAAGAAGUUUGUGAAAGGCUUCACGUUUGAGGACGGUGAAUUUCUCCUAGAUACUCACGAGCCCCUCAAACGUCUAUGCGCUCGCAUGAUUAGAAUGGAUGGCACUUCGGGAAGAGUCAAAGCUCGCAACCUUCAAUUUUUGGAAAGGGCAUGGGGACUCCCCGAACAGCUUCCCAUAGCAGUGAAGGGCAGUCAAAAGAGACCAGACGCCGUAUUUACUCCGGGAAUGAAAGCCAUUUCAGGCAUAGUCGAUAAAACAGACGCUAGAUACCAAUAUAGAAAAGAUAUGGAUGUACAAGAUUUCAAGAUAAAGGACCUAAGGCUUCACUGUCAAGCUCGAGGUCUCGACUUUCAGGAAUAUGGAAGAACUAAAGUCAGUAUGUUGGCAGCUCUUGUCAAGUACGAUUCAAGUGGAGUCAUUAGAAGCAAAGCUGUGGAAACUAAACAGCCCGAGCCCGUUGAUGAACCCGGACUACCUCUGAGACGGGUUCUCGCAGAUGUUCCAAAGAUUGCUGGUCCACCCAAGAUGCCUCCAUUCCACGCAACCGAAAUAGUGUUGGAGAUAGGUAAGGGUACUGCUGACGAUCCGGCAACAUGGGUAAGAGAUUAUGAAGGACGUUUUGGUAGGAUAGAUGAGAAGAAUCUUGAGCCGAUUAAAGGAGCAUGGGGUAUUGAACUUGAUAUGUUGAGGUGGAACAAAAUGAUCGGUGACAUGAGGAAGGAUGCUGGCUGGGGAAGUAAUUCUAAAGCACAAAAGGAAAAAGCUGCAAGUAAGGCACGAGCUCCAAAAGCAAAAGCUGCUGCUUCAAAGGCUGCUGCUCCAAAACCGCCAACUGCAAAGAAAGAUAAAAAAAGACCCGCAUCUGAAUAUGCAGGACCUCCAGCCAAAAGGACAAGAGCAAGUGUCGCAGCGGAAGAAAAAGCUUUAAGUGACACAGCGAAGGCAAAAGCUGCAAGUGUCGCACAAAAGAAAGCUCUAAGCCCCAUACUAGAAAAAGACGAGAUGGAAAUGGAGGAUUUCGUAGCCGAGGAUAUAUAA